AUGCAUGGAGUCUGCAAGGAAGGAGAGAACUGUCGCUACUCCCAUGACCUCUCUACUAGUCAGUCUGCCAUGGUGUGCAGGUAUUAUCAGCGAGGAUGCUGUGCUUACGGAGGUCUUUGCAGAUAUGAACAUACCAAGCCACUGAAAGAGGAAGAAGUGACUGAUGUGAAUCCAGAUGCAAAGAUUUAUCCCUCAUUGUCCUCAGACUUCACAUCACUCCCUGAAACAGUUGAAGAAAUUAUUGCUGAGAUAGAAGAUGAAAAUAUAGAUCUGGCAGCUGCAGGAGUAGGUGCUGAAGACUGGGUGAACGCUGUAGAGUUUGUCCCUGGGCAGCCAUACUGUGGACGUGCUGCUUCUUCCUGUGCUGAAGCACCCUUGGAGGAAAUGGUGAUUGAGGAAGAGUAUGAAAAGGAGCAACUAGAUGUGGAGAUAAAGAAGGAGCUGUGCCCCUACGCUGCAGUAGGAGAAUGUUGUUAUGGGGAAAACUGCGUGUAUAUCCAUGGGAAUGUGUGUGAUAUGUGUGGACUGCAGGUCUUGCAUCCAAUUGAUGCUGCACAGAGAUCUCAGCACAUCAAGUCUUGCAUUGAAGCUCACGAGAAGGACAUGGAGCUUUCAUUUGCCAUCCAACAUGGGGCUUGA